AGUCAUACCACUGUUUGUACUCAGAGCUAGCAUGGAACUGCCUCGUGUCUUCUAUCAGAAUGAAGGCCCUGUUGGGGCUGGCCUACACAGUGAAUCAAUGCGCGGCUGUCUUGAGAUCCACAAGCAAGCAACGCAGCUCUGCCUGGAUGCUAUCGAUGCGGUUCCAUUCCCCGGUAGAGGGAGCUUCCUGCUCGCAGACUUCGCCGCUGCUGAUGGAGGGAAUUCUAUGGCACUCUUUAAACUCCUCAUCGAUUCCAUCAGGAAGAAGCACGGAGAAGACUUCGACAUUGAGGUAGUUUAUGAUGGAUCAACUUCAACGACUGGACGUCGCUGUUCUACGGUCCGCAAGGUUACCGUAGAGAUUAUAUUACAGAUUAAUGCAAUAAACAUGGCAUAUUGA